UCGUUUUCGCUCGUUUUCACUCGUUUUCGUGUAUCGUCAAGCGGUCAAGGUACCGCUAUGAACAGUGAUGAACAGCUAUGGUUACCACGAGGUGCGAGGGAACGAAAACGUAUGUAGAUCCACUCGUUCGAGGUAACUCUCCGGAAAAUUCAUUCAUGUUCAAGAAUUAAUUAAGUCUUUUGACCAUGUCGUCCUGGAAGAAAGCCGCGAAGGCUGGGCAAAGGACUCAUCGAGAAAGGCAUCAGCCAAAGUCUCGCGAACAUCUAGGCCUUCUAGAAAAGAAAAAAGACUAUAGCAUCCGAGCUAAAGACUGCCAUGAAAAAGGAGCAGCGGUGAAAUUAUUGAGAAAACGAGCUCUCAAUAAAAAUCCAGAUGAAUUUUACUUUCAUAUGAUUAAUUCCAAAAUUCAGAAAGGAAUCCACAGAGAGAAACAAAAAAAUGAAGAGCAUACUCCUGAACAGAUCAAGUUAAUGGAAACGCAAGACUUAAAAUAUAUUUUAUUUAAGAGAAACAUCGAAUCUAAAAAGGUCGAGAAGAUGCAAAGCGUGCUACAUGCUCUCGAUGCCGCAAACGAGACCAAAAAUAAGCAUACAUUUUUCGUGGACGAAGAUGGGAGCGCGAAAGACUUUAAUGUAGCUAAAAAAUUAGACACUCAUCCUGCGCUCUUAAAUAGACGGACGAACAGGCCUAAGCUUUCCAAAUUAAAACAUAUGAAACUUUUGUCCGUCGAUGAAUCGAUUUUGCCAAAAAUUGAGCAACAAAAGCACAUGGCUUAUUCGGAACUGAAUAAAAGAAUUGUCCGAGAACGAGAGUUAACUAUUAUUCAACAGAAACUUGAAAUGGACAAGGCAUUAAAAGACACAAAAGUCCCCAAACCAAAAACAAUUAUUAGCGCUACAAAAGAUGGACCUCCGAUUUAUAAGUGGAAGUAUCAGAGGAAGAAGUAACAUUUCUGCUAUGUGUACAUGUUCUUCUGUUUCCUUGAAAAAUAUAAAUAAUUUAUCUACAUUAAACAACAGGAUUUUAACAAUGUA